UCAAACUGAAGGAGGAGAAGCCAACUGGGCCAGUAAAGUCAAGUUGUUUGCUAGCAUUGCUAAGAUGGCAUAUGAAUGAAAAGUGAAACAGAAACACAUUUAUUUUGAAAGUAGUCACAUAAGUCAAGCAUUAGUAGGGCACAUCGUCCAUAUUUUUGAAAUCGUGUCCAGCUGAGCACCAGAAACAAUUGGCCAUGCUGACGUGUGAGUUCUGUGGCGAGGAAUUGAUGUUGGAGGAGGACAUGAAGACCCAUCUCCUCCUGAGCCACCUGGAGAAUGACAUGGGCUGCACCCUCUGUUCCUGGUCCGGAGUCACCUACGACGAACUCAGCUUCCACAUCAAUACCACACACAAAGAGAAACAGGACCAUGACGGAAGAGGAGCAGAGGGUAGAGGUGGUCACAGUCUUGUCAGGCCCAGCUCAAGUCCUACUCCCACUACCACCAUAGUGGACAAUCACUGCAAACAAGACAUUGGUUUGUCUAGGUCUGAGGGUUCUGAAGGAGGAGUAGACAAUGGGAAUAGGUUUGACACCAUUGGAGGAGGGGUCUCACCCAGGACAUCCAAUAGCACACUGGAGUCUAAGGAGCAAAUUACUGAAGCUGGGGGGGAGUUCGGUGGAGGGCGAGCAGUGGCCAUUGUUGUAUCCACCUCUUCAGUGUCUACAGGCUUUCUGAGAUCAGCUCAGGACUCCAGUAGGCCUACUAGCAGACACUGUAAUGCUGAGGAGUCUGUGGGAGUGGGAUCCGCAGAGCACACCAAAGUCAAACAGAAGCGUUUCUCCUCCCCACUUAAAGGGAAGCGGUUUUCCUGUCCAAUGUGUGCUCUGGUCUGCACCGACGCCUUCAUCCUACAGGAACAUGUUGAAUUGCACUUGCUAGAAGAGAGCCCAGCUGAAGAGGUUGUCCUGGGGGCCACAUCAUCAACCGAGGCAGCAUCAUCCAGCAACAGCUCAAGUUCGUCUCAUUCCUUUCAUCAUAGGAACAAAUAUAGUUCAACCAAACAAAGGAAGAAGCCCUGCCUAUGGCAGAUCCACAGAGGUGGGAAGAGUUAUGAGUGUCCCCUGUGUUCUGUGGUGUGUGGAGACUGCUACUCCCUACAGGAACAUGUGGAGCUGCAUCUUGACUAUGGCACAGCCACUAGUGCAGUGAGCCCUGGCUCAGACCUGAGGCUGGCCAGGCGGCUGCAGGAGGAGGAGAAGCAGAGGAGGAAGGAGCAAGAGGCCAAGCAGGAGGCAGAGGAGUUCAAGAAGCUGCAGAGGCAGUUUGGUGUGGACGGGAGGGGGGGCUACCGCAAACAGAUGGAGAGGACCAUGGAGAAAGCCGUGUCUCGAGGUGUGAUGGUGCCUGCUCACUUCCACAACAAGAGAGAUGAGAUGAUGGAGGCUCUGGCCUCAGGGGUCGACGAUGGCAGGACCAGAACGCAGGGUGUGCUGGGUGCUCUGUAUGUUUACUACCAGAGGGAGGCCAGAGACUGUGUCCACGUGUGGCUGAGUGCUGACACAGACCACUACUGCUCAUCAGAGGGGGAUAAGGGCUGGGGAUGUGGCUACAGAAACUUCCAGAUGCUCCUGUCUUCUCUGCAAAGAAUGGAGCCCUACACUACCUGUCUCUCAGAGGGGUCAGUACCCAGCAUCCCACAGGUGCAGGUGUUGAUAGAGGGGGCGUGGCGGGAGGGGUUAGACCCACAGGGCGCCACCCACUUUAACCAGCGACUACAGGGCACACGGGCCUGGAUAGGAGCUACAGAGAUCUACGCUCUCUGCACCUCCCUCAGAGUCAGUGCCCGUGUUCUAGACUUCCACCAGCCCACGGGCCCAGGGGACACCCACCCCCGCCUCUUUGACUGGGUGAAGCAGUACUUCUCUCAGACUGCCACCAGAGGCGCCAGACUACCGCCCCGGGUGGUGCAGACCACACAGCCGCCCCUCUACCUCCAGCACCAAGGCCAUAGCCGCUCAAUAGUAGGAGUGGAACAGAAGAAGAAUGGCAGCCUGUGCCUGUUGCUCCUGGACCCUGGCUGUACACCAGGAGAUGUGAGGAAACUGCUGAGCCAAGAUGGCUCCACUGUUAGCACAGCUGUCUGCCGCAUGAGGAAGUUCCCUGGCAACCUGAAACAUAGGCAGUACCAGGUGGUGGCUGUAGAGGGCGUGCUCUCCCCCGUGGAGAAACAGACCCGCAUUCUCAACUCAAGAACACUGCAAGCCGAGAGGAUCCCUUGAUGCUGGAAUGCAGUUUUGUAAAUGUAUAACUGCCAAAAACAGUUCAUGUUUAAUUUUCUUGGACAUUUUAUUAAGGUAAUAAAUUAUGUAUUUUAA